AUGGACAGUGAGAGUGCAGAGAGGAGCUCCGCCCCCUGCACCGUGGCUGAGGGUGAGCUGUCUAAGGAUCUGGGUGUGUUUGGUCCUAAAACAAAUGAAAUACAGUCAAUGCCAGUGAUGGAGGGAGAUACUGUCCUACUACACAAUGAUUUUACUGAAAUCUGUGAAAACGACCACUUACUGUGGAAUAUUAGAAAUGAAACCUCUCUCCUGGCUAAAAUUAACAAAAAGAAGCAAAUCCUCCCCACAUCUGAUGUUCUUGACGGGAGAUUCAGAGAUAGACUGAAGCUGGACAAUCAAACUGGAUCUCUGACCAUCACAAACAUCACAACUGAACAUGCUGGACUCUAUAAACUAGACAUAAGUGGAGCGAAUCUAGCAUCAAAAACAUUCAAUGUUUCUGUCUAUGCUCGUCUGCCUGUUCCUGUCAUCAGCAGUAACUCUUCACAGUGUUCUUCAUCAUCAUCAUCAUCAUCAUGUUCACUGGUGUGUUCAGUGGUGAAUGUGAGUCAUGUGACUCUCUCCUGGUACAAAGGAAACAGUUUAUUGUCCAGCAUCAGUGUGUCUGAUCUCAGCAUCAGUCUCUCUCUACCUCUGGAGGUGGAAUAUCAGGAUAAAAACACAUACAGCUGUGUGCUCAACAAUCUCAUCAGCAACCAGACUCAACAUCUGGACAUCGCUCAACUCUGUCACACAUGUGCAGGUACGGCAGCACUGAUCACUGUUGGGCAGUAA